GUCGGGGGCGCGUCGGACGCCGCCACACGGGGCCAGGUACGGGCCCGGCAGAGCCAGGUGCGGGCCCGGCAGAGCCAGGUAAGGUUCCUUACACUCGAAGAUGCCACGCUACGGGAAAAUCAUUGUCAUCAAAAGGAAUGGGACUGAUGGAAUUGUUUUUCCACUCACUUCAACGUCUUGUUUAUUUGGAAGGAAAACAGAGUGUGACAUCCGCAUGCGGCUGCCCUGGGUGUCCAACGAGCACUGCAAAAUCGAGAUCAAUGAGAACAAGGAGGCAGUCCUGACUAAUUUAAGUGAAGUGAACCCCACGCAGCUGAACGGGGCUUGCUUUGAGCAGCCCAUUCCCCUGAAGCAUGGAGAUGUGUUAACCAUUAUUGAUCGCUCUUUCAGGUUUGAAUAUCCUCUGCAAUCAACUCCGAAGAAGAGGCAUUCCAGGUCUCCAAAAGAUGAAACUCUGCAGGUUCUUCAUGUUCAGCAGGUGGCAGAAGUGGAAUUAUUACACAAACAAACUUCAGGAGCUAAAAGUCUUGGUGCUUCAGAUAAUGCUGAGUGUGAAGAAAAAAGUGCCAAUGAAAGUAAACAAACUCCAGAGGAAAAUCUUCCUGAAGCUUUCACUGUCAAACUCCAACCACCCAAAUCUUCCCAGAGAAUACAUUGUGUUUUUAAAAAGCAAAAUGAAAAGUCUCCCUUUAGUAAACUCUAUGAAAAUCUGAAAAAUGAGCUGCAAGUGGAAAAAACUCUGCACAGGGGAACUGCCUCUCAGCAAGCUGCAAAAGGAGACCCUGGGAGUGUUCUGCCAGAACCAAGUGCUCCCAUUCCAUCCCUGAGCUGUCUUUUUGAUCUGGGCAGCCUGGCUAAAGGAAAGGAAACGGGCAGGAUGGAAAAUAUGGAAGAAUGUAUAAUUGUGAGAUGUGAAGAGAGAAACAGCCCAGGGUUUAACCAGCUGUCAGCUGGAGGUGGAACCCCCAGGAAAAGUUUUACCAGGAGUCCUCGAACUCCCAUUUCAAAGGAGGUGUCAGGAGACACCAGUCAGAAUCCAUUGCAGGAUCCUAAGAAGUUAAGGACACCAGGCAGAUCCAAAGGUACUGCAGUUACACCCAAACCCAGCAAGGAGAACCACAGGAAUUCCCAGGUUUUGCUGGAGCAGUGCUCCAUAGAAAGGAUGGAUUGUCCAGCUAAAGCAAUGAUGUGCAGCCCCACAACCCCCACCUCCCAUGUUGCUGAGGGAGGUAAAUGUGCACUGAACAUACCAAGGCCCAGGAGGAAGAGUCCUCGGUCUCUUUUUGUGUCACCUCCCAGAGAAACCACUGGAAUGAAUUCUGGAAAUCCUGAUACUCCAAAGACCCCACGGCGUGCAUCACUGAAACGGAAAUCACUUCCAGAAAUCCCAGCUGGAGCUCCAAGGGAAGAUUCAGUGUGCAGAAUUGAUAACACACAACCACCUUUGCCAGAAGACAAUUGCUUAAAGCAAAGACAAAACAGCAAACAGCAAACACCACGAAAAACUGCCCAGGAAGUGCUGAAAGAGGUCUGGGAUCAGGCAAACCUGGAUAACUCGAAGGUGGGACAUUGUGAAACCACUGCCUCUCUCUCUAAUUCCAAGAGUCCCAGAAGAAACAGCAGGGAAAGCAAAGAAUUCUUGGACAAAAGUGCCCAUUCAGAGGCACUGGCUUCAGAAGGGAUGUUGGCAUCUCCUGCUGAUCAGACACCUGGAAGGAAAAGGGGAAGGCCGAGGAGCUCUGGAGUUGUGACUGGAGCAGCACUGGAGACAAACACUGCUCAGGAACAUCACAGUUCAGAAACUCCAGCAGAGCUGGCCGUGGACAGGUGUCACCAAAACCAGGAUUUGGAAGAUGCCAGUGCUACGGGACCUCGGAGACCAUCAGCCAAGAGAAGAUCUGGAAGUACUGCUGAGCUGAAAGACACUGAGCCUGGCUCAGAAAACGAAACUUUUGGCCUCUUGCAUGGAGAAGACUCAGGCAAGACAAAAAGAAUCUCUCAGAAGAGGAAAAGUGGUGAAAGUGUCCCUCAGACUUUGGGUAAAAGAAAGAGAGUGUCUUUUGGUGGUCAUCUGAGUCCAGAACUCUUUGAUCAAAGUUUGCCUCCCAACUCUCCCCUGAAAAGAGGAGCUCUCCCUGCCAGGCGGAGUUUACCCUAUGGAAACUCUCUGCGGGCUGCGCUCAAGAAGGCUCAGGGUUUGAGGCACUUGAUAGAUCAGGAAUCAGAAAGAUCACCCAAAAAUUCCCCAGCCCAGCAGUCCCCAGGUGCCUCAUCCCCUGUCUCAGCGAAGGCAACACCCAAAAUCCCUUCAGGCUCUCCAGCCCCUUUCAGGAAGGGGCGUUUCUCCAUCUCCCAGCCCCCCACACCAUUCCCAAUUGCAGAGGAAAUGGAUGCUGCCACAGGAGACAUGGAUCCAGAGGGGGAAAAUAUCCAAGGGAAAACACCAAAAUCUUCUCCUGCUACCCAAGAUGCCAAAGCCUUGGUGACAGUGGCACCUGCCAAGUCAGCCAGAAGUGCCCAGCUGGGUUUGAAGGGCACUGCCAUCAAGAGCAGAGGUGGGGCUGUGGCUGUCAUCAGUGCCAAGAGGAGAAGUGGUGCCUCCAAUGCCAAUUUAUUAGUUGCAAAAUCUUGGGCAGAAGUGGUAAAAUUGGGAGUUGCAAGACCACAAUCAAAGACUGCUAAAAAAAGUGUCCGUAAAGGAAGAGUCCUGAAGAGGAGGAACCCCCCAACAAAGGUGUCCUUUACUUUUUUGUGCUUCUUUGUUUUAUUUUCUUGCAUAACCACCAAACAGCUUGGAUGGAUUUUGAGCGAGAAGCUGAGCUCUUGGUGUGAUGAAAAAUGGGAGUUGAUGUCUCUCACAGCAUGUGGGAAACAGACUUCAGAGAAGAAAAUAAAAGAUCACUUUAGCACAGGUCAUGCAGAGUCACCUGCUACCAUAGUUGUAGGUAGAGCUUAUUCCACCAAAGUCAGGUCAGCUGGACAUGUCCCUAAGGUGGUAAAAAAUCCCAGGAUGAAGCUUAACAUGGAUAUGGAUGAAAGCUUCACAGGAGUGCCUGAAAUGUUCCAAACUCCAGAAAAUCAGGGAGAAAGAACAUUUCCUUUGGCUGAUGCUCCGAAUGCUGAUUUUACACCACCAUGGGCUGCAGGGGACAUUUCUGACUUGCACACUCCUGAGGGUUCUGGAGAGAUGAUGGUGUCACCAUUAAAUAAUUCAGAUGGUUCAGAGCAGAAGCAAGACAGCCCAGGUAUGCUCUGCUUUCUGAGAGAGGAGUCAUCUCCAUCUAUGUUUGAUGAAAUAGCCACAAAAACUCCUGAAAAAAGAGAAUCUGUGCAUGAAGAUAAUGUGGAUAGUUUGGCAAUAAUUCCAGAAAAAACAGCAUCUCCGGUGAAAUCAGGAAGUAAAAGGAGGACUCCAAAGCAGAAGUUGGAGACAGUUGAAGUCAUGUCAAGCAAAAGGAAGAUUUUAAGGACCCCUGAGCAAAGGUCAGAACCAGGAGAGGUUUUGUCAGGUAUCAAGAGGCUCAUGAAGACCCCAAAGCAGAAGCCAGAGCCUGUGGAGGUUUUGUCAGGCAUCAAACAGCUCAUGAAGACCCCAAAGCGGAAAUUGGAGCCUGUGGAGGUUUUGUCAGGCAUUAAGCAGCUCAUGAAGACUCCAAAUCAAAAAUUGGAGCCUGUAGAAGUUUUGUCAGGUAUCAAACAGCUCUUGAAUACCCCAAAGCUGAAGCCUAGAGAGGUUCUGUCAGGCAUCCAACAGCUCUUGAAGACCCCAGAUCAGAAAUUGGAGCCUGUAGAAGUUUUGUCAGGCAUCAAACAGCUCAUGAAGACCCCACAGCGGAAGCCAGAACCAGUGGAGGACCUGUCAGGCAUCAAACAGCUCAUGAGGACCCCAAAGCAGAAAUUGGAGCCUGUGGAGGCUUUGUCAGGCAUCAAACAGCUCAUGAAGACCCCAAAGCAGAAAUUGGAGCCUGUGGAGGCUUUGUCAGGUAUCAAACAGCUCAUGAAGACGCCAAAGCAGAAAUUGGAGCCUGUGGAGGCUUUGUCAGGUAUCAAACAGCUCAUGAAGACGCCACGGCGGAAGCCAGAGCCAUUGGAGGACCUGUCUGGCAUUAAGCAGCUCCUGAGGACCCCACAGCAAGAGCCAGAACCACUCCUGGAUGAAAUUGCCUUGAAAAGGUUGCUGGACACUCCAGUAGAGAGCAAGGAAGCAGUAAAAGCUGUGCCAGGUGUGACUUCAGCCAAGAAAACCCCAAAGCUGAAAUCCCAACCUGUGGAAGACAUGGUCGGGAUCAGCCGCAUUUUCCAGACACCAAAGGAAAAGGUUGAGCCCAUAGGAAACAUGUUUGGAAUCAGCAGAUUAAUGAAGUCUCCUAAAGAGAAAUAUCAACCAGUUGAGGAUUUUGUGGGACUGCAAAGGCUCAUGGCAGAACCCAAGCAGAAACCACCUGAUUUUGAAGUGGACUAUGCUGGAGUGACUGAAAUGUUUGGGACCCCAGAGGAAAUGAAGGUCGGAUCAGUAAAUGUUAUGGAUUCUCAGGAAGAAAUUGCACCUCCUGGUUCUAAUUCCAGUCGUAAAUAUGAAAAGGAAGGAAAAGUUUCCCAAGGUGAAGAUUCUCAACAGAAGAACUCAGCUGGUGAAGAGCAGCCUAUCCAGAGAGCCAGAAGGGGCAGGCCAAGGAAGGCUGUACCUCCUGCUGCAGCAAAGCCAAGUGAAAAUGCUGUGAGUUUAAAGGAGUUAGAGAGUCCUGAUACCCAAGAGGAGAUGGGAGUGAUCACACAUGAAAACAAGGGCAGAGGAAGGAGGGCAAAGUGUUGCAUACAAGAAGUUGUUCCAAAGUGCCCUGAUCAGGAAGGGCUCGAUAUUGUUUCAUCUGUGGAACCACCUGGUGCUGCUCAGAAAUCAGGAAGAGGUAAAAGGCAAAAGCUGAAGGAGUUAAAACAUCCAAAUGAAAGUCUUGAGUUUUGUGUUGAAGAUUCUUCACUGCUACAAAAAGCACCUGCAAAUAGCAAACAGAGUUUGCAGGACUGUGGCACCAAUGAAGCUGAAGAUGAUCCAGGCAUAAAGACAGGACCUGGAAACAUUCAGAAUGAAAUUUGUCAGCUGCAAACAGGUUUAAAUAAUCCUGACAGCAAAGCUAAUGACAGUGGGAUAGAGGACAGUGAAGAAGAGCUCCUGUCACUGAGGAGGAGGCACAGAGGGGUGGAGAACACAGAACCAGUGAUUCCAGCAAAAAGAGGGAGACGAGCAAGGAAUGACCAAGGAAAAGCAGCUUCUCCAGGAGACCUUUGUGGAACAACCAGAAAUCUUCGUAAAGACCCAUCCUCAAAUGUUACACAAAGACAGGAACAGGAUUGUGACAAAGCUCCUGAGGCUGUCACAGCACAAGAAUCUGAAAAUGGCACUAAACUUGAGCUAAAGGCAACAAAGAGAAGAGUUAAGUCUUUCAGAAGUACUAGAAACAGAAAGCAGUCAGCUGAAAUAAAAGCAGACACUCGUGGGGUCGCACUUGAAAAUACACAACACGUUCAGAAAACUGAGGAAACAUCAACUGAAACUGAUGCUGAAACACAAUCCCACGUGAGAAAUGAGAUGAAAGGAUCUCAGGGAUGUGAAACAGAAAAUUCUCAGGAAAAUACAACAGAGGCAGCUCAGAGAUUACAGGCAGAGUCACCUUCUGCAGAGACCAACAAAAUGCCAGUCAGUGCUCAGAACAUGGAAGCAACCAGGGCUAGAAACAGGAGAGGCAAAAAAGACUCUCUGGAGCAAAAAGCUGAUGAGUUUACUGAAAAUGUGAACAGCCUAAAACAAAUUACUCCCAAAUUUAAGUCAGAAACAGAAGUGGAUGAAUCUUCUCCCCAGGAUUCCUGGGGCUCUGUUUGUGCCAGUGCAGCCCAAGGCAAGGAGGAGCAGCCCAGCCCGGGUGCCACAUCUGUCCCUGCUGCAGACAGUGCCAGUCCUGCUCAGGGCAGUCACAGGAAGACGAGAAAUGAGUGGGGAGUACUUAAAGCAAAGCAAACUGAAAUCCUGCAGAGGAGUCCAGCACAAAGAAAUGCAGUCAUGUGUAGAAGAGGAAGAGGUAAAAAAGUCAAUUUUCAGCUUGAAGAAGGCAGUUCCAAAGUGACUGAAGGAAAAGGUUUACCUGAGGGUGAUGAAGGGAUGGCUGACAAAGAUAAUCAACGUGAGAAUUCCGAAAAUCCUCCUUCACGGGGAAGGAGGGGCAGGAGAAAGCAACUUGAUUCCAUCCCACAAAAAGCUAGUCCUGCCUUUAUGGAAAAGCAAACAUUAAGUGCAGAUCACAGGGAAGAUGAGGCUGUUGUGCAAGAGCAAGAAUCAGCUUUGGAAGCUGCUCCCACUUCAGCAGAGGACAAUCCACCGAGACGGGGGAGGAGGCGUCAGGUGGCUGCAGCAUCACAGACCAGAUCUCCUUCUGUCAGAACGAGACGUGGGGUGCUGGAAGGUGAUGCUAAAAAGACAGCAGAGAGAGAAGAUGAAAAUCCAGCUCUGGGUAAUGAAACUUUGCAGGCAAAAGUGAAUUCAUCAGCGAGGGACAGAAGGAAAAAGAUGGAUCCGGUAGCAGAGGCAAGUUCAUCUCCUCUCCAGAGAAAGUGUGGCUUGUCAGAGGCUAAAGAUGAGGGUACUCAUGAAGAACAAAGUGUGCCUGUGGCAGAGGUGUCAUGUGCAAAGGAGGAGCCACCAGGGAGGGGCAGAAGGAAAGAAACUGCUCUGGCAUCACACACAACCAAUCCCAUCUCUCUCAGAGGGAAAUGCGGGCUGCCGGCAGGUGAUGGAGAAGAGGCUCCCAAAGAAGAGCAGAAUGUUCCCUUAGAAACGUGUGAUCCAUCCAGGAAGGAAACUCAACUGAGAAGAGGCAGGAGGAAGGAAAUUGCCCCCUUGAUAGAAGCCCAAAGUUCUCUUCAGGGAAACCAGGUCCUGUCAAGACGAAGUGGUAGAAAAAGUAACAACAGGGAAGCUAAACAGAGCAGGGACAAUUCUUCCCAAGAAAAUACGGAUUUUGUAAAAGGCAGCUCAAGGCAAGCAACCACUUCACUGGCUCUUAGUCCCACCUCACUUCAAGGCUUGACAGAAGAUGGUAAAGAUGGAAUUCCUGAACAACAAAGUCAACUUUUGGAAGUAGCUCCACCUGCAAAAGAAAAUCCAUCAAGAGUGGGCAGGAAGAAAACAACUUCUUCCGCUUCUGAAACAAUUUCCACUUCUCUCAGGGGAAAAUCCAACCUGCCCAGAGGCAGAGGUCAGAAGAGGAUUCUUAAAGGAGGUGAAGAUGCAUCUCCAGAAAAUAAUCCAUGCCAGGGAAGAACAAGGCAGUUGAGGAAUAAUAGGAGGAAGGUGGAAUUUCUAUUAGAGGCAGCUGCUUCUACCUCUCCCCAUAAAAGCAGUGACUUGCCAGAAAAUGGCAACACUCUGGAAACUCAGGAUUUGAGUGGAGCAUCCACUGGUUCUGAAGAGAAUCAGUCUGGAAAAGGCCAGGAGGGUGACCCUGCUUCACAGGCAGCCCCCACCUCUCGCAGAAGGAAAUGCCAGCUGCCAGCAGAGGAUGUGGCACCCAAAAAAUCAAAAUCAGGGAAUGAUGAAAAUGGGUCUCUACAAAGAGGAAGAAGAAACAAAACUAAACUUGGAGAAGAGGAUGCAAGGGCAGCUCAGACCACUGGAGGGAUGGAGAGGAGGACAAGAUCCAGCACAAGAACAAGGAAACAGCCUUAAGAGUCCCAGAACCAGUUCUUAAAUCAAUUCAGUAAUUCCAAUUACAGGUCGUUUUUAAUGUGAAUUGAUUUGCACUCAGAUUUUAAGCUCAGAUUUUUGAUAAUUCUAUGGUUGCUUUGCAGAAUAUAUUUCUUAAUGUAUUUACAGAUAGAAGAUAGGUAUUUCUUGAGUAGCUUUGCCAACGUGUGGUGGUUCCUAAACCAUGGGGUGCUUGUGCAAAGCUGUAAACAUAAAAUACAAUUUGUUAUACCAGUGUUCCUCCCCUUUUUCCUGUUGAUCAGUACAACAAUCAGGAAGCCAUGUUACUUCCAGCUCAAGCUAUUUUCUGCUGAAAUUUUCCUAUGCUGAAGUUUUUAUUUUUUAUCUGAGUUUUGUAAAUAUUCUUUUUAAAAGAUACUAGUUGUAUUAGCAGAAGUAUUAUGAUAAAUUUGUGAUAAUUUUUUUUUAAAAAAAAAUUAAGCUUGUA